CUGAUCCUGUUGCCCAUGGCCUUUCUCCUGCCCCCCGGGGCUGGGGCUGGGGAGAUCAUCGGGGGACAGGAAGCCCAGCCCCACUCCAGACCCUACAUGGCCUAUCUGAAAAUACAAUGCGGAAACGAGAUGUUUAGCUGUGGAGGGUUCCUGGUGGCGGAGAACUUCGUGCUGACGGCGGCUCACUGCGAGGGAGAUGAGAUCUCUGUCACGCUGGGAGCCCACAGGAUUAGUGAACAGGAACGGAGCCAACGGAAACUACCUGUGAGGCGGCAGAUCCGGCACCCGCGGUACAACAGAGAAACCACUAACAAUGACAUCACGCUGCUGCAGGGCGAUUCUGGAGGCCCUCUCGUGUGCUGUGGAGUGGCCGAGGGCAUCGUCUCCAAGGGCAUCGAGAACAGCACCGGGCCUCCUGCUGUGUACACACGGAUUUCCCACUUCAUGCCCUGGAUCACUGACACCAUGAGAGGAAUCUAGCAACACAGAGCCCAUGGCCAGCCACAGCCUUCUGCUACGCAACCUGCUCCUGGAAACAUGUGAUCAGACAUCCCUGUUAGUCUGGGCCCAGCUACUCAUUGAUUUAUGGUCAACAUAGGCCUUGUGGCCAGAUCAGAGAUGGCGCCCUGUAAUGGGGAAAGGCCCGGGUCCCAUUCCCCACCCCUUUGAGCCAGCCAGUCCUCCACCCUGGGGCCGGACUGGAGCUGCCACCCCCUAGAGAGACCACAUACCACGUUCCUUUCUGCUUGUAUCCUGGAUAGUC